GCAAGAUGGCGGAAAGUUCGGGCGAUGAAGACGGACUGGAGGAAAAUUUCGUGUUUUAUCACGAUCGUGAAGAAUGGAAAGAUAUCACUCCUGUUGAACAGGAUGAUGGACCUUAUCCAGUUGUGAGAAUUGCGUAUUCUGAUAAGUUCAAGGAUGUCUUUGACUACUUCAGGGCAGUUCUGUUGGCUGACGAGAGAAGUGAACGUGCUCUUGAGCUCACGGAAGACGCUAUCAGCCUUAAUCCAGCGAAUUACACAGUCUGGCAUUUCCGGAGAGUGCUGCUGAAAUCUCUGAACAAAGACUUACAGCAAGAAUUACAGUUUAUAACUGAUGUCAUCAAAGAACAACCAAAAAAUUACCAAGUUUGGUAUCACAGAAAAGUCCUUCUUGAAUGGCUGAAAGAUCCCAGCAAUGAACUGAAGUUUACUGAGGAUAUUCUACAACUGGAUGCUAAGAACUAUCAUGCUUGGCAACAUCGGCAGUGGGUCAUCAAAGAGUUUGGUUUAUGGGAGAAAGAGCUUGAUUAUGUUGACAAACUUUUAACUGAAGAUCUCCGCAAUAACUCUGCCUGGAAUCAAAGAUAUUUUGUAGUCUCCAAAACUACAGGCUUCACCAAAGAUAUUGUAGAUAGAGAAGUGGAGCUCACAAUGAAUCUUAUUCAGAAAGUGCCAAACAAUGAAAGCGCUUGGAAUUAUUUGAAAGGAGUUCUGGCCCCGACUGGUCUUAGUAAAUACCCUGGCCUGAAGGACACUUUGGUGGAAAUGUACAGUAAUGGAAUUGACUCUCUGUAUUUAAUGGCUACAUUGAUUGAUAUCUCUGAAGAAGAGCUCGAGGGUGGAGUCAGUGACCCAAACUGUUUGGAACAGGCUUUGGAGUUGUGCAAUAAACUUGCCACAGAUGCUGACUACAUCAGGAGAGAGUACUGGAAUUACAUCUCCCGCAGUCUGAAUAACAAAUAUGGACAACCACAAUGACACUAUUAAUAAUAAAUAAGAAUUUUAAUAGAUAAAUAGCAGCUAUAAAAUAAAGUUCAUUAGUAAUUGCUUACAAUCUGGUAGUACCAAAACAAAUAACCAAGUAGUAGGUAGACGGAUUUCUUGUUUCACUCCUUUUUAAGUAGCCAAAAAAAAAAAAAAAAGAAAAAAACA